AAUGCCAUUGUUAUCAGGCAGUGAUAUUGUCUAGAUUUCCCAAAGUACCCCUGAGAAAAAGCGAAUAUGCCGCUGAAAAUGGUGGACGCCACUGUGUCGACGUUCGAGGGCGUGCUGGAGAAGUUCAGAUCGGAAGCGCCGAAGAACAAGGCCAAUCUCAUCCUCUUCUUGGCCGAUAAAGACCCUUCCACUUCUCUCAGCUGGUGCCCUGACUGUGUGAGAGCUGAACCUGUGAUCUACAAAAAGCUUGAAGAAUCUUCAGAUGAUAUCGCCCUUCUGAGAGCUUAUGUUGGAGACAGACCCACAUGGAGGGACCGCAAGCACCCAUGGAGAGUCGACUCAAGGUUCAAGCUCACCGGUGUUCCAACACUUGUCUACUGGGAGAACGAUGGAGUCAAAGGUCGGCUUGAAGACCAUGAAGCCCACCUUGAGCACAAGAUCGAUGCUCUUGUUUCUGGAAAAUGAGUUCUUUGCCAUUGAGCACUGAUAUGCAGUUCAGUAGAAGCUAAUCUGCCCAGAUUGAGGCUAUAUUUAAUAAAUGUCCCAUCUUUCAUGAAUUGUUUGUGGGUGUUUCUAUAUCUUUCAUCAAAAUCCAAAGCAUCGAUGAGACUGGAAAUAUGUUAUAUAACAUGGGAUAUGAUAAAAUGAUGAAACCCAAAUGGGGAUUUGGAGAUAACAAAA